UAAGUGUCCCAUGUGGGUGCGUGAGUGCUAUCCAUUGUGCUGUUCAAGGUACUCACCCCGUGCGCGUUCAUUGCGACAAGUAGAGUCUGCCUAUUCGUGGAUACGUGACUCACUUAAUCAAAGCUCUGGAUUCAUCAAUGAAGAAAAAAAAGUCGCGCUUACAAGUGAAUAAUUAAAAAGUUAGUUCAGCUAUUUUUUUUAAUUAGUAAAAAAAAAAAAGAAAAAAAAGAUCGUUUACAGAGAAAAAUAAUCACUUUGUUUCUUCAAAAGUUUCAAAGCCAAAGAGUUUUAUUCUUGAGAAAAAAAUUAAUAUCUUAUGUUUUCCAUAAAAUGGAUUUUAUGUGAUUUUACUUACACACAAUUUACUAAGAAGUGUUAAAUUUAAUUCUGCAAUUAACUUCUUAAAUUUUUAAAAACAAAUUCUGAGAUUCUUCUAUUAAAAAAAAAAGACAGAUUCUGACUUAUAUAAUCAGUCUGGCCGAGUUGCGUCCCUUGGGACAUCCCGCCAUUGUGCUCCUGUCUGUCCAGUGCUGAAGACAACUCGCCUUACAGUUCCGUGACCGGCCAUCUCCAUGGUAGGAGAUCCUCUCACCCUCCCCUCUCAAACCCACUCAUCAUAUAAACUCUGAACUUAUGGAUAGGUCAAUUUGAGAUCUCAAGAUUCGGCCACGGAAUCCUGAGAAGUGGACUUAUGGAUAGGCCAGGCACACGACAGCUAAGGAUAAGGAUUUAAGUCCUCACGAUGUCUGGAUCUGUCUGAGGCUGUCUGGGCUUUGCAUCUCACGAGCUCGACUUCACGUAGGUGAUGGUAAAGCAGUAGGGAAGUACGUCUACCACCUACGUUUGAUGCCAUUUUAUUAACUAUAAUAGGGCACUUGAUGUGAACUCAGAAUGUCAGCCUUGACCUUUAAACUUACUCUGGUGGCCUUGAACUACCUUCUGACUUUCAUAGUACAAACAUCCGGCUACAAAUGUUCGUUCCCACUUAAUCUCCAGAAAAGCGAGCCCUGGUCAGCGGAUUUUAGGAAUGACCAACACAAGUUAGCAUUUUUUAAGGAUAAUAAGCUUAUCUUGAAAGUACCCCUGGAAGGAGGAGGCAACGAAGAGCAUACGAGGCUGUGUAUCAAAGAGUACAAGGAAAAGUACUUGGUCCAACAUACAAUAGACGGCAAACAGUAUGACUAUAUGUGCAUGCAGUUUAUAUCACGUGGGGACCACGUGGUUCAAUUCCGGGUUUCCAAGAUCCAAAGAAAAAGUUCGUUAGAACUUUGUAGCGACAACAACUUGGAAUUCGACCCGUACCCUUUCGUUCAUACAGCUUUGAAAGUGAACACGACCCAGUGUCCUUUUGCAGGAGGCUACAACAUGAAUGGUGAAUACGCCAAUAAAUCCUUUCUCUGCCACUAUUUUUUACCUCUUAGGAUGGAGAGCGAGUGUGACAGUGGCAGUGGAAUUAUUUUCAAUUUCAGAAGCAGUGAUUGCACACCUAAAAUCGACAUCAGACCAAAGGAAAGACUUACGUUUAAAACCAAGUGCGUCACCCACUGGUCGCAAGGAGAUUACUCUUUUAUUAUAUUACAGUUGGUCGAUGAUGAAAAUAAACUCUUUUGUCUGAGAACGUCUGACCCACUCAACAACAUCAAAGUAGCCUACCUUUGGCUCAAGGUCAAGUGUGAUCUCGCUGUAGUGCCGACAGACGACUACAUCAAACUCAACCUGGAGAAACGAUCAUUUUCUAGCACAUGCGCAGACGAGAUGGACUUUUGUCAGGUGACUAUGUGCGAUAGUGAACGAAAAAGUCACUGCGCCCACACCUGUGGUCUCUGCCACUCCGAAAAUCAAAUUGGACCGUGUGCCUUUCAGGAACAGUUUCGUGGACAUUGGAUAGACAGUGGUAAGAAUGAGGACAUCUCCAUCAACAUCGAGGCGUACUCACUUAACGCUGGUGUCAUGGGGAAGUACGACUGCCUUAACCUUCCCAGCGAGACCCAGCAAGAGCGCAAAGUCCUGCUGGAGCUCAACAACAAUGGCUGCGUCCCGAGGUACGCGUGUGUGGACAUGGAGAAAGUCACAUCGACCGUCAUGAAGUUCCAGAUAAGCAAACGGAUCAUGUGGCCCAUCACCAGUCCGAGCAAUCAGAAGGAUAAAAUUUGCGAGUCUCGGAAUUUCGGCGCCUCUGAGCUUAAGGAGACGCCUCCGAGGCUCGUGAUCAACAAAGCCAAUCUGAAAGAGGUUCCUUGUGAUUUGCCAGAACGUCUCCGGGGCAGCGUGACCUUUAAACACCAUGACGAUAAGAACCCCUGCGGCGGCUGCCUUCACUAUGAACCAGGACAUAACCCUAACCAGUUUUCUGUUAUACCUUUCAACUGUAGCAAGUCUAAGAGAAGCUCCCAGUACAACUGCUUGGCCACGUUCCACCCAAACGACAACAGCUUCUCGGUAGUGGCCAAAGGCCAGGACGAAGAUGGUGUACACUACGUCUAUUGGGUUUUCACUGGCGCCAAGGACAUUAAGUUGCUGAAGGCGUCGGACGCUCUGUUGUACGAAUCCGACCCAGCCAGCAAACACGACCUCAUCGUAGCCCAGUAUUACAUCACACCCGAAGUGGAGCCUUUCUGCCGGGACCUUCAGUUCUUUCCCCGAUUCAUGCCACUCACCACAACCCCGGCCGCUUCAGUAACGGACUUUAAUACGCAGCUGCAAGUGUUCGUCAACGAUGUGGACGGUUCUACCCAAAACAACGAUCGGAUGACAGAAACAGAGGGCGGGCUGAAAGGUCCUCAGACCGAACCAUCCAGGACUGUGAAGGGGGGAAAUCAAGGUUCUCACAGUGUUCUUAGCAGUACGUGUGCCAUGUUGAGCAUUCUGCUUUUCUAUAUUCUCACUGGAAGAACUUUCGCCCUAGUGCUAAGUGUGACAUGAAAAGCUGAAGAAAGUCUCAACAAAAACAUUCAUCACGUCUUUUAACGAAACAAAUGAAAAUUUAUAAAAGAAAAUAUUUACAAUUACGAAACAAAACAAAAAUAAUGAAGUGUUUACUGGAGGAGCUAACAACACUAGCAUUGCCUUUGGGCGAUUGUCUGGGUGAUAUUUAACCAUUGCGGACUAUAACAGCAGACGAUGCAUUCAUUAUUACAACCUGUUCUCUUUUCUUGCUGAAAUCAAACGUGUGCCAAAUAGAAUUAAAGUAGUUGCGCAUUUUAAUAACAAAAAAAAAAAAAAAAAGAA